CCCCAAGCGCGCUUUCACUUGCUCUGGGUCGACGGCGCUCCAGAGCCCUUCUAAUCUUUCUUUUUCUUUGCAGCCUGCGAUGUCUGCGUUCGGUUAGCAUUUUGAGACUGCCCAUUAUGGCUUCAAAUAGCCAUGACCGCGGCGCCAACAACCAUGACUUCUCGAAUGAUCACCCAAUCCCCUUGCAGGAUCUCUCCGCGCCUUCGGAGCCGGAUCAUGAACGUGGAGGCCCAGGUGGUGUUGCGAGCAGGCUGGGUCGCUCUCUGACGGGCAGGGGCCGAACAGGAAGGACUUAUGAACGGAUAGCGGAGGAUUCCCCCAUCGAAGCCGUCAAUGCGGCGCGCAAUGCGCGCCCGCAUCCUAGCGUCGCCGACGAAGAAGAUGACGCCCCGAUCGAAGACCCCGGGGCCUUUGCUCAGGCAAUGUCAUCGGUCGGACUCAGCUUUCACCCCUCGUCCAGUACCUCACUUGCGCCAUCGCAUAGCCGGGCGGGCUCCAGCAUUGACCUCGACACCGUGCCGCUGGAUGGAACCGAACCGUACCUCACCCACGUUCUUAGCUACAAUGACACCGCACCGUUAACGAAUACUCACAACAUCCAGCCGAUAAGUGGAGCUGCCGGCUCGGAUGAUGUACAUCAGGAUGAUCAAAGCGGCGCACGUACAGUGCAGCCCCCCGCCGCCAGCCAUCCGGGGUCACGACUAGGCGAUGAUCUACACAUGUUGGAGGGGGGAUAUAUUGGUAGACCCCGCGGGGGAAGCAAUGCAAUGGAGAGAUCUCGAUCGCUGUCCCCUUCGGGUUCUGGGUCGGCCUUGGACCGGGCCAGUUCGAUGAUGAAGUCCAUGUCUCAGCGUAUCGUCAACCUCAGCAAUGAACCGGAAGUGGUGGAACAAUCGAUCCUCAGGGAGGAAUCGCACCGGAAUGCGCGGAUGGAAGAGCCUCCGAUACUCCCUUCUUUGCCAGAUUAUGCGCACGAUGCGCCGUCUUCGAGUUCGUUUCGCAGUUCAGCUCCCGGAGAGAAACUGCAUUCGGACAAUAAAGCCUGGCGCGGGAUCAGCAACCCUUUGAGAGGGAAAUCGCUGGGCAUCCUCGGCCCAGAUAAUGCUUUUCGGAUGUGGUUAUGUGAUAUUCUGGUUCAUCCUUUUACAGAGCCGUUUAUUUUGGUUGUGAUUGUGGUCCAGACGAUUCUGUUGACCAUCGAGUCUUCACGCUCGGUCUGGAAAUACCCCAGGGCUGUCAAAUGGGGUGCAAAUCCCAUGGACUACCCGUACUUUGCUAUCUUCAUCAUCUAUACCCUUGAGAUUAUCGCCAAGAUCCUGGUAUCAGGGUUGAUCAUCAACCCUGCCGAAUACAGCACUAUUGACCGGUCGAUGGGCUUCAGGAAGGCGGUAGUGGAGAAAGGGAAGAACCUCAUCAUCCCGCAGCGGCAAUUCUCGGUGCGAAAAUCAUCAGUUAUGUCAGAACAACCGCAGGCCUCUAUCAUACGCACUUUUACGGGCGGUUUGAAUCAGUUGGAACGUCAGCUCGCCGAUGAUCCGCUUCAGAAAAGCCGCGUGAGACUCGCUCACCGUGCGUUUCUCCGCCACUCAUUCAAUCGUCUCGACUUUGUUGCGAUGGUGUCGUACUGGGUAUCUUUUUUUCUCUCUAUAUAUGGAGUGGAGACUCGCCAGCAGCUCUACGUGUUUAGCAUGCUUAGCUGUCUUCGGAUCCUUCGUCUCCUGAAUUUGACCAAUGGUACUUCUGUUAUCCUUCGGAGUCUGAAAAAGGCCGCGCCUUUGCUCGCGCACGUAGCCUUCUUAAUCAGUUUCUUGUGGCUCCUGUUUGCCAUUGUUGGCAUCCAAAGCUUCAAGUCCAGCCUUCGGAGAACCUGUGUCUGGGUUGGCGUCGACGGUCAAGAUGAUUAUAACCAAAAUGAUCCAAACGGCAAUAUACAGUUUUGUGGAGGCUAUUUCAAUGCGACCACUGGGGAAGAAAUGUCUUGGAUCCAGUCGAACAACAUCUCCAGUACGUCUACUCCGAAGGGCUACCUCUGUCCUGUAGGAUCCAUUUGUCUCGAGGGAACCAAUCCCUUCAAUGGGACAAUGAGUUUCGACAAUAUUUUGAACUCGUUGGAGCUUGUGUUUGUUAUUAUGAGCUCGAACACAUUCACCGACCUUCUCUACUAUACUGCCGACAGUGAUUAUCUCGCGUCCUCUAUUUACUUCGUAUGUGGGCUUGUCAUUCUGAGUUUGUGGAUGGUCAGUCUGCUAGUUGCGGUGAUCACUCACUCUUUUCAAGUCAUUCGAGAGGAGAGCCAACGCAGUGCCUUUGCUGUUCAAAAGAUUGACACAACUGACAGGGCAGACUUGUCCUCCCAGAAGGUGAGCACGAUCAAACGUCUUUAUGACAAGACCGAAUGGCUCUGGGUUUGCAUCAUCAUUUUUGAUCUUGCCAUUCAAGCCUUGAGGAGCGCUUCUAUGGGUGACGAUCGGGAGAGGUUGAUUAGCACCACGGAACUCAUUGUCACUUUCAUUUUCCUUCUGGAGAUCAUCCUACGGUUUGCCUCUGAUUGGCGCACGUUCCACAAAAAGGCUCGAAACUGGGUUGAUUUGGGACUCGUCGUCAUAACCUGCAUCAUUCAAAUCCCAGCGAUCAAGCGGGAACGGGCAUACGAUGUCCUCACGCUCUUCCAGAUUCUUCGAGUAUACCGCGUCGUGCUCGCCUUCAAGGUGACUCGGGACCUCAUCAUGGUUGUCUUCCGCAAUUCAGUCGGUCUACUGAAUCUCAUCUUCUUCGUCUUCCUGAUUACAUUCCUGGCUUCAAUCUUCGCAACACAGCUCUUCCGCGGUCAAAUUCCCGAGGAAAAUGACGACGGACUCAUUUAUAUCACGUUCGCUGACAUCUACAAUUCAUUCCUCGGGAUGUAUCAACUUCUAUCUAGUGAGAACUGGACAGACAUCCUCUACGAUGCCACGACUUAUACAUACGAGUACAACACUGCUUGGAUCUCGGCGACUUUCCUGGUCCUAUGGUUUAUCAUGGCGAAUUUCAUUGUCUUGAACAUGUUCGUUGCUGUCAUCCAGGAGAGCUUUGAUGUCUCGGAGGAUGAGAAGCGGCUUCAGCAGGUCAAGGCGUUCUUACAUCAGAAGCAGGUCAACAUGUCCUCCCAGGGAAAUCUGUCUCUUUCCAAGAUCUUCAAGCUAGGCAGGAAUUCCAACCGCUACAAAGACCCUCUCGAUCACGGCCCAGCGGCGUUGGAAAUGUUGCUCAAGGAUGCUGUUGUCCAGGAGUUCCUUGAUGAGAAUGAAGCACCGGAGAACCGGCAAGGGGAUAGCGUGCCACUGGAGACAUCGACCACCGCGGAGACCGCCCAACCGGGCCUUUUCUCGCGCAUAUGGACGAAUAUUACCACGUCCAUCAUGCGCCGAGAACCGAAUCCCUUUUAUUCCAAGCUAGGAAUCCCGCGGACGUUUGAUGAGCUAGACCCAAAAACUAUGGCCAAAGAGUUUGUCUCGGCUGCCGAGCAAAGGAAAAGGGCCCAGCGAGAAUACCUCAUGCGUCACCCCAAUUACAACAAAUCCCUCUUCAUGUUUGCGCCAAGUCAUCCUCUUCGAAGGCUAUGCCAGCGCAUCGUGGGACCGGGACGUGGAGUCCAGCGCGUGGAAGGUGUCGAUCCCUACAAGCCGGUCUGGUAUACGUUUUCUGCCUUCAUCUAUGCGGCCAUUGUCGCCAUGGUUCUGCUGGCUUGUAUAACCACGCCAAUCUACCAGCGAAAUCACUUCACGUCGAACAGGGACUGGUUCACGUAUACUGACAUGGGGUUCGCGGUCUUAUUCUCCAUCGAAGUCAUUAUCAAGGUUAUAGCAGAUGGGUUUUUCUGGACCCCGAAUGCCUACUUUCGUGGCUCCUGGGGAUUUCUCGACGGAGUUGUUUUGAUCACGCUUUGGAUCAGCGUUGGUGGAUCCUUAUACGCGGAUUGGGGCGUCACUCGGGCUAUUGGAGCCUUCAAGGCUCUGAGGGCCCUCAGACUCCUGAAUGUCAGCGACAGCGCAAAGAAUACUUUCCAUUCAGUCAUCAUUGUUGGAGGAUGGAAGGUCAUCGCUGCUGCGGCUGUCUCGAUGAGCUUUUUGAUCCCCUUCGCUAUCUAUGGUGUCAAUCUUUUCGCCGGACGAAUGGUACUGUGCAAUGAUGGCGACAUUUCAGGAAGCUUGGACCAAUGCAUCGGUGAGUACCAGAGCUCGCCUUACAAUUGGGAUGUCCUCGCUCCGCGAGUAGCAGCCAAUCCGUAUUAUGACUUCGACAACUUCGGGGAUUCCCUCUUUAUACUGUUUCAGAUUGUCUCCCAGGAAGGCUGGAUCGACGUGCAGGACAGUGCGAUGAGCAUUACCGGCGUUGGCGUGCAGCCGCAGGACUACAUCGCGCCGGAGAAUGGGCUCUUCUUCAUUGUCUUCAACUUGCUCGGUGCUGUGUUUGUCCUGACGCUUUUUGUGUCUGUGUUCAUGCGCAAUUACACCGAAGAGACCGGGGUUGCCUAUCUUACUGCUGAGCAGCGAUCAUGGCUGGAAUUGAGGAAGCUUCUCCGGCAGAUCUCUCCUUCCAAGCGCUCGCUCGACAAGAAGAGUCGACAGUGGAAGACGUGGUGCUAUCGAGUGGCCGUCAAAAAGCACGGCCCUUGGUCAAGAUGCGUAACUCUCGUCCUUACACUGCACCUUUUGUUGUUGCUCUUGGAAUACUAUCCCGAGCCGGAACUCUGGGAUAGAAUCCGAGAGAUAACAUUUUUCGCUUUCAACCUCGUUUACAUUGUGAAUGUUGCGAUCCGGAUGCUUGGCCUAGGCUGGCAUCGGUUCAGUCGGAGUUCCUGGGAUAUCUAUUCGUUGCUCUCUGUUUCCGGAACGUUCAUCACGACGAUUCUAAGGUUCUUGUCGUCCAGCCAGGUGAUCAACGAACUCAACAAGCUCUUCCUUGUCUCGAUCACUCUCCUUAUUAUACCCCGAAACAAUCAGCUUGACCAGCUUUUCAAGACCGCCGCGGCUAGUCUAACAUCAAUCGGCAAUCUCCUCGCCACCUGGUUUGUCCUCUUCCUUGUGUUCGCGAUCGCCAUGAACCAAGCGUUUGGCCUUACGAAAUUCGGAUCGCAAGAAACCAAUAACCUUAAUUUCCGGGACGUUCCGAAGGCGCUCGUUCUACUCUUCCGGAUGAGCGCCGGAGAGGGGUGGAACCAAAUCAUGGAGGACUAUGCCACGAUGAAUCCUCCGUACUGCACGUAUGAUGGCCAAUUCUUCAAGGAUGACUGUGGUAGUGCGCCGUGGGCGCGCUCGCUCUUCAUUGCUUGGAACAUCAUCAGCAUGUAUCUCUUCGUCUCGCUGUUUACGUCCUUGAUCUUUGAGAGCUUUUCCUACGUAUACCAGAAGAGCAGUGGGCUCUACGCGAUCAGUCGGGAGGAUGUGCGCCGAUUCAAGCAUGCGUGGGCUACAUAUGACCCGGACGGCACGGGGUAUAUCACCAAAGAGCAGUUCCCGCGGCUGCUCGGGGAGUUAUCGGGAGUGUUCUCGAUGCGAAUCUACGACGGCGAGUUCACGAUCGGGCAGAUCAUGGAAGAGUGCCGGGUGGACAAGCGGGACUCGCUGAUGGCUCAUCGAAGAGUGGUCGACGGGCUGGACCUGGAUAAAAUGACCAAAAUUCUUCGACGGAUCCCCGUCGACAUUGUACGCACGCGCCGGCAACGGCUGAAUGCAUUCUACGAGGAGGUUCUCGUCUCGGCGGACCCGGUGCGCGGUAUUUCGUUCCAUUCGUGCCUCAUGAUCCUGGCGCAUUACAAUGUGAUCAGCGAUAGCAAGAGUCUGAGGCUCGAAGAGUUCCUACGAAGACGGGCGCGACUGCAGCGAGUGGAGGAAACCAUCCGUCGACAGACGGUGGUCGGGUUCUUCGACACGCUGUACUGGUCUCGCGAAUUCCGGCGACGAAUCGAGCAUAAGAAAUCGGCUCGGAUGAGUGGCGUGCCCCAGUUCUCGGUCCCCGAGAUCUUUGUGGACGAUGGAUCUCACGACGAGCCCUCGAUUACGGAAGGACGGCGUGACAACACACGAGACCCGCUGACCGGGUCCGACCUGUCGCAGCCGAUGCUGUCCCCGACGUCGCCAACGGGGAGACCCGCCCGGCCGUAUCAGCUUCCCCCCAUCGACACCAGUCCACUGGGCCACAUUUCCAUGUUGCACUCGCCGUCGACGGAAUGGUCGAACAUCAGCCCCUCGUUGUCGCCCCUUCGGGAGCGGGCCAACACGACGUCGUCCUACGGCAGCGGGCCGGACUUGCACGAUGAAAUGCAGGCCAGCUCGGCGCAUUCGCGGGAGAACAGCACGAUGAACGUCAACGAUGUGAUGCAAUCGCUGGGCGAGUCGGCGUGGGGUGAAAGUAUCCGGCGCAGCUUUACGCAGCGCCGUCGAUCCGGGGAGUAGAAGGAUGGUCUGGGAAGUGGAUAUAUGAGCGAUGUUGUCACGAUCUCCCAUUGUCAAUGUGAAUUAUGGAAACGGGGUGUAUUCUAUUCCUCCCUAUCUUUUCUGUUUGUUUUUUACUUUUUGUGUUG